UGCGCAGGCCGCGCUUCCGGCGGCCGAGGCCAUGCGGGUGCUGGUGCGGCGCUGCUGGGGGUCCCGGCCGGCUCGCGGCGCCAGGCCUGGGGGGCCGCGUCCCCAGUGGCGAGCGCGGGUCGGACUCGGCGGGGAGGACGCCCGGGACGCCAGAGUCCGCGAGAAGCCGCCCUGGAGGGUGCUCUUCUUCGGCACGGACCGGUUCGCCCGCGAGGCGCUGCGACGCCUGCACGCCGCCAGGGAAAACAAAGAGGAAGCGUUAAUCGACAGACUGGAGGUGGUCACGAUGCCUUCCCCAUCACGAAAAGGCCUGCCAGUGAAGCAGUUUGCUGUGCAGUCUCAGCUUCCAGUGUACGAGUGGCCGGACGUUGGAUCUGGAGAAUAUGAUGUUGGAGUAGUGGCUUCGUUUGGCCAACUUUUGAGUGAGGCUCUUAUUCUUAAGUUUCCCUAUGGCAUACUGAAUGUCCAUCCCAGUUGCCUACCGAGAUGGCGUGGCCCAGCCCCUAUAAUCCAUACAGUGCUUCAUGGAGACCCAGUUGCUGGAGUCACAAUUAUGCAAAUUAGACCCAAAAGGUUCGAUGUAGGCCCAAUUCUCAAACAAGAAACUGUUCCUGUGCCACCCAAGAGCACUGCAAAGGAAUUGGAAGCAGUGUUGUCAAGACUGGGUGCCAACAUGCUCAUUUCAGUUUUGAAAAAUUUGCCUGAAAGUCUGAAUGCUGGAAGACAGCAGCCAACAGAGGGGGCAACUUAUGCCCCUAAGAUUUCUGCUGGUACCAGUUGUAUAAAAUGGGAGGAACAAACUUCAGAACAAAUAUUCAGAUUUUACCGUGCCAUUGGAAAUAUCAUUCCAUUGCAGACGCUCUGGAUGGCGAAUACCAUUAAACUUCUGGAUUUGGUAGAAGUUAACAGUUCAAUCCUUGCUGAUCCAGAAUUGACGGCACAGGCUCUUAUUCCAGGAUCAGUAAUAUACCACAAACAGUCACAGAUACUGUUGGUUUAUUGCAAGGUAUGUUUUCCAUUAGUUUCAAGUUAUCAUAGUUGUUUUACUGUGGUUAUAGUCUGUAUCAUUUAUUAUUUUUAGUUGGAACCUCACUUAACUGCCUGUCCAUCAGAUUGGGUCAAGAGACCAUUUAAUUUUCUUAAGAAAUAUUGGAGUCUCUAGCAUAAUAGUUUUGGAAGUGAUGAAGUUUUGCCAAGGCAUUAUUAUUACUCAAAGAAGAUUCAGUAGCUCGAGUGCCUUCUUCAAAGAACAUGUGUAUUUUCAGCAGCCCAAUUUAACUGACAAGCUC